UGGUGCAGCUGAGAUGAAAGGAGCGGCGAGGCGGAGGAGAACAAUGAAUAUGCACACGAGCAGACAGGACGACAUAUACAGACACAGCCGGGGUGGAGACAGCCGCGCUGGGUGGUGUGACGACGGAGUGCAGCUUGCUCGUGACUGGAUGAUGGCCGAGACCGGAUCCGUAGCGUUUGGGCUGGGUCGGUGUUGGGCGUGAGACGCGGCUGCAUGUAUGUUUGUUCGGGACCUGUUCACCAUGACGUGACGAGUUGGGUGGGGGGUGGAGUUCUGUUAUGUUAUGUUUUAUACCUUUUGUCGUUUAUUUUUUUUGGUUAUUCUUCUUUUCUGGAUUGAUUGUGGGAGGAAGAAGUUUUUGCGGCGAAGGCGGUGGUUUGCCAGGCUGCCCGUCGCCGUUGCGAUAGUCUGUGUCUGAUCCAAAAGCGAAUUGUUUGUGUGUUCGUGAGUGGGUUCCGAGGUGUUUCGUUGAGUAUGUUCCGGAAUCUUGUAGAGGUGUGAUCGGGAUCUGUUGGCUGUUGAAGUCGAUGUUGAGAUGUUCAGUGAGCGGUUGGUUGGUUGCUUGCUUGCUUCAACGUCGCUGGUCGAGAGUGAAUUGGUGUUGCGUGUGAGUCGAGACUGUGGAGUUUGCUAUCAUCUUAGUUUUCAGCUUCUGGGUUGACGACGAGGAUAUUAUCCGACGACGUUGCGGAAUAUUUUGUCGAAUCUGAAGGGAAUCUCUUUAUUUCAGCUCUCAAGUGCUGGUUUUGUUGAAUGGUAGUCGGGCGUUGAUGGGAUAUAUUUAGCUUCCUGAGCGGCCACUGUUGAGGGAGAACUUCCGUUGUUGGACCAUCAGAAUUGCCGGUGUGAUAAGGUCAAUAGAGUGAACUUGGUGGGAGCGUAUUGUGAAUUUAUGGCCAAGGGAUAGCCCUCGACUCUAACUGAUCUGAAUGAGCUCGACUUGAAAUUUGGUUCGUCCAGGUGCUCGUAUGAUCUGUGACAAUUUAAGAACAGGUAUCGUCAGCUUUCGUCGGAAACGGUUAAUUGUAGCUUUCAUAAUUGUAGUCUUUCCAGAGUUGAGCAGCUGUAGCAAGUGCGACUGUCUGAGGAGGAGACUUUUGUCUUCUUAGAAUUAAGAAAAAAUUAUAUAUAUAUAUAUAUAUAUAUAUAUAUUGAAUUAGUUUCAGUAGCAGCUGUCAACAGUAGGCAUGGACGGCACAUUCUGUUUCCGACGUCACGCCUUGUUGCCGGCUCUGCGCGGACACCCGUCCGCUACUAGACGUCGUACCCAGUUAGAGCUGGAGAACAUGUGAUACGAAGAUCACUGCGCAGGAAAUUCUGUGUUGUCCUCAACUUCAGGUUCGCGCACAGCUGCGUCAUUUCUGCCCAAGCGUAUCAACUGCCAGCUGCAUAAUUCUCCUGCUCGACUGGCGUCAUGGACCUAGAGUCUGGAUCGAGUUGCCGGGUUGAUGCAGUUCCGAAGGAAGUGGACUCACAGUCAAGUUCGUUACGCUCAGGGUCUGGACUGUCGCAUCUUCAUAAAUCUUCAUGUCUAAAAAGGAAGUCUGAGAACACUUCUCGCUCUACGGAUGGCAAGAGUCUGCGCAUGAUUCGAUGUCCGUGGUCUCAGAUUCUAAUGCAGCACAAUGUUCAUGCUCCUGUCGGAACUUGCAGACGCCGCUGCUUCAGCCGUCGAUUGCGGUGGUCCUAACACUGGCAUACCAAAGCUUGGGUGUUGUUUAUGGAGAUCUCAGCGUGUCACCUCUUUACGUCUUUCAGAGUACAUUUUUAGGAGACCUCCGAAACUCAGUUACAGAUGAAUAUAUCUACGGCGUGCUGUCUCUCAUCUUCUGGACGCUCACCUUGAUACCUCUCAUCAAAUAUGUGAUAAUCGUUCUCAGCGCAGACGACAAUGGAGAAGGUGGUACAUUUGCGCUAUAUUCGUUGCUUUGCCGGCAUGCAAAAUUGAGCUCGAUCCUCAACCAGCAAUCUGCGGACAUGGAACUUUCAAUCUACAGGCUCGUAGAGCCGCCGGAGACACCGCGGGGUAGGACAGUGCGGAAGCUCCUGGAGAAGCACAGAAUACUCAGAACUGGGCUUCUGAUCAUUGUGCUGCUGGGAACUUGCAUGGUGAUCGGAGAUGGCGUCCUAACCCCUUCUAUAUCAGUUUUAUCAGCAAUUUCGGGUAUUUCGGUGGCGGCUCCUCAAUUGCACCAGAACAUAGUGAUAUUAGUAUCGUGUAUCAUUCUGGUGCUCCUCUUCUCACUACAGCACAUCGGCACACGCCGCAUCUCCUUCUUGUUCGCACCCAUAGUGCUCACCUGGCUCUUCUGUAAUGGCGGCAUCGGGCUCUACAACCUCAUCGCCUAUAAUCCCAGCAUUGUUCGCGCUUUAUCACCCUAUUACACAUUCAAGUUCUUCAAGGUGUCGGGCAGGGAUGGUUGGAUUUCUCUUGGUGGUGUUCUCCUCUGCGUCACAGGGUCGGAGGCGAUGUACGCCGACUUGGGUCACUUUUGUCGAAGAUCUAUUAAGGCUGUCUUCAUUUUGAUCGUCUACCCUAGUCUAUUGCUGGGAUACAUGGGACAAGCUGCGUACCUGUCGAAGAACCUCGACGAUCUUGAUUCCGCAUUUUUUCGCUCAGUCCCAAAGCCUGUAUUCUGGCCUGUCUUCAUUACAGCGACUUUAGCUUCAGUAGUGGGAAGCCAAGCCGUCAUCUCUGCUACAUUCUCGAUCGUCAGGCAGUGUCAAGCACUCGGGUGCUUCCCUUGGGUGAAAGUGGUACACACAUCAAACAGCAUAUAUGGACAGGUUUACAUUCCAGAGGUAAAUUGGAUAAUGCUCAUCCUGAGCUUGAGCAUCACGGUCGGAUUCAAAAGCACAAUCGAAAUCGGCAACGCAUAUGGUAUUGCAGUGAUCGUGGUGAUGCUGGUGACAACAUUCUUAACAUCCCUUGUCAUAGUGGUCGUGUGGCAACGGAGUAUCUUUGUGGCUUGUAUCUUCCUCCUCAUUUACGGCUCGGUAGAAUCUCUCUACUUGUCAUCUGCGCUGUUUAAAGUUCCACAGGGUGGGUGGGUCCCACUUGUGCUUGUUGGAAUACUGAUGUGCAUAAUGUACAUGUGGCACUACGGCACGACCAAGAAAUACAAAUUCGAUCUCCAAAAUAAGGUGUCUAUGAAAUGGUUGCUCACCCUUGGUCCAAGCCUCGGAGUUGUCCGUGUGCCUGGAAUUGGGCUGAUCUUCACAGAACUGGUUACAGGCGUACCCGCCAUCUUCUCCCACUUCGUCACCAAUCUACCAGCUUUCCACCAAGUCCUGGUUUUCGUCUGUAUGAAAUCGGUAGCUGUCCCGUUUGUCCCACCGAACGAGCGGUACCUUGUUGGGCGUGUUGGUCCCCGAGAUUACCGCAUGUACAGAUGUGUAGUUAGAUAUGGGUACAAGGAUUCAACUGGAAACGACGACAGCGAAUUCGAAAACCAGCUCGUAUUCAACCUCGCCGAGUUCAUUCAAACUGAGAAUUCAGCACCAUGGAUACCUUCCAGCAGUGAGAUGUCGCUCGACGGUCGCAUGACAGUCAUGGGCACCGUGACUGGUAGCACUGCAUCGAAGGCAUCCCUUUCUUUCCCCGUUUCAGAGACUCGCAGUGAGAGAGUCACUAGGAUAAUGCAAACCUUCUGCGGAGAUAGCUUUCAGCAGUCAUUCAAAACAGUCUCCUCGCCCUGCGCAACGCUCGACUGGCAAGCGAAUUUUGAGAUUCCCCUAUUUGUGGAACAUGAGAAUGAGAUCGACAGUGAGAUGCGGAAGGAACUGAUCGACCUGAUCGAGGCGAAAGAAGCUGGCGUUGCGUACCUGAUGGGCCACUCCUUCGUAAAAGCGAAGAAAUCUUCAUCCUGGUUGAAAAAAUUUGCAAUAAAUUUUGUCUACACGUUUCUGCGAAGAAACUGUCGGGAGCCUGCGAUGGCUUUUCACAUACCACACAUCAGUCUCCUUGAAGUGGGCAUGGUAUAUUAUGUGUAGAGUACCGACCUGUCCAGCACCAUCAACAACUUCAAUUAGAAUAAUGGUAGAGCAUCAAGCAUUGUGUCGGGGCUGCAUUUGUUGUUAGUAAUACAAUCACGAUCUUUAUGAUCUAUAUGUAUAGUAUGAAAGGAAGAGCCUAGUAUUUCAGUUGUGACCAUGCUGAUUGCGAGUAGAAGAGCCUCCUCGGUGAGCAGCACUCAAAUUGUAUCGUAAUUAUUACUGAAAUACACAAACCUCAGAGUUCGUAGAUUCGCUCCGCGACCACUUUGUUAUAUUUCAA